CGCGCUGUUUUCGCAUACGACACACACACACGCACACACACAUACACGCGCAUACGCACACACGUACGUGCAGCGACGAGCAACAUGUCGAAGUUUCAGAGCCUGUUAUGCCUGUUAUGCGCGACGAUCGCAUCGAGUCGCGCAGUGGUGUUAAGCGGGUAUAACGGGGGGCACGGGAUCUCUUACACGGAUUACGAGGGCCUCGAAGGAUACUCCUCUCAGUACGAAGGACACGCCGUGUUGCCGACGGUGGCGGUUCCGGUUCACGCGGUUUCCGCCUCGCCCGUUCACGUUACGCCCACUCUUGAUCAUCACGGAUACGAUCAUCACGCGGAUCACGGCCACGAUUACUACGCCCAUCCGAAAUACACGUUCAAUUAUGGCGUCCACGAUCCUCACACAGGGGACGUGAAGACCCAGCACGAGGUUCGCGACGGGGACGUGGUGCACGGGUCGUACAGCGUCAACGAGCCCGACGGAAGCGUGAGAAUCGUCGAGUACACGGCGGACGACCACAACGGUUUCAACGCGGUUGUUAAAAAAGUUGGCCCGGCCAUUCACCCGAAACCCAUCCCCGUGGCCAAGUACAUCUCAUCCCCUGCGUACUACAACAGUUACGAGGAAUACGAGAAGCAUCACUACUAACUUCUGUUGCUUAUCGUGUGUCU